AUGUCGAGUGGCAGCUCGAACUCUUCCUCGCGGAAGGAGUUCGAUGUCAAGCAGAUCCUUCGGAUCCGAUGGAGGUGGUUCGGUCACCCCGCGGUCCCUCCGCCUCACUCUCCGCCGCUAAGAGACUAUUUAGCCGGGAGCAGAACGGGCGGCCACUCCUCUUCCUCCGAGGGUUCUUCUACAGUUCACGGGAACAGCUCGACUCCUACCGGCGUCGCGAGUAGCCACGGCGGGUUAGUGACGAGCGGCAGCGCCGGUUCGAACCUUUGUAACAGUAGAAAGUUUGUAGAAUCGUCGAGGAGUCGCAGCGGGUCGGGUGGAGCUGGAGCGACAGGAAACUCCUGCUCUCGCUCAGUGAGCCAGCCCGAGUGCAGUAGCUCCCCCGCGGCUUGGGCUUCUCCGCCGCCACGUCGCCGGUCUCGCCCGGUAUCGAACAUGGAGCCCUCCGGCGAGGCUCCGGUGCUGCAGCUGGGAGUGGGCGUAGACAGGGAGGCGGUGGCGGUGAGCACCGAGGACAACAACCACCACCCGGAUACUGACUCCAGCUCCUGCAGGACGUCCAACAGCACGGCCACGCUGUCCUCAUGUGUGUCGCUGGAGCCGUGCGCGUGUCCGGAGGAGGGUGUGUUCACAGCACUGUCCCAUGCUGACGUCACCUUCCGUAAGAUGGAGGGCUACUUGAGGAGUCGACAGCUGUGUGAUGUUACGCUGGUGGCUGGCGACAGACAGAUACCUGCUCACAGGCUGGUUUUGUCAUCUGUGUCUGACUACUUUGCGGCCAUGUUCACCAGCGACGUGCGGGAGGCCAAGCAGGACGAGGUGAAGUUGGAGGGCAUUGACCCAGAUGCAUUGUGGGUCCUGGUGCAAUAUGCAUACACAGGGCGUCUGGAGUUAAGAGAGGACACCAUCGAGUCCCUGCUGUCAGCUUCCUGUUUGCUGCAGUUGUCUUCUGCGGUUCAGGCUUGUUGUUCUUUCCUUAUGAAGCAGCUCCAUCCUUCCAAUUGCCUAGGUAUUAGCUCGUAUGCCAACGCUCAGGGGUGUCAUGACCUUCAGAGGGCCGCUCACACCUACACCAUGGAACAUUUCCUGGAUGUGGUUGGGGGCCAAGAGUUCCUACUUCUGCCAGUGGAUGAGAUUGAGCGGCUGCUUAUGUCUGAUGAUAUCAACGUUCCAGAUGAAGAGACCGUAGCAACGUCUUUGCUCACUUGGGUGCAACAUGACGUUGUUGCCAGACAGUGUCACCUGCCACAGCUUCUUGCUCAUGUUAGACUACCAUUGUUGAAGCCGCAGUUCUUAGCAGACUUGGAGACCAGCCCCGUGCUCCGAGACAGCGUGGACUGCCAGCGGCUGUUGAUGGAGGGAAUGAAGUACCACCUCUUGCCUCAGCGUCGGCCCCUGCUUCAGAGCCCGCGCACAAGGCCUCGCAAGGCCACCGUCGGAGCCAUGUUCGCUGUUGGCGGAAUGGAUGCCACUAAAGGAGCCACAAGUAUUGAGCAGUACUGUCUACGGCGGGAUACAUGGAAGCAGGUGGCGACCAUGAGCGGUCGAAGGCUUCAGUUCGGUGUGGCCGUUCUGGAUGGCCGUCUUUAUGUAGUAGGAGGCCGAGAUGGACUCAAGACUCUCAACACGGUGGAAUGUUACAACCCUCAGUGCAAGACCUGGAGUGUCAUGCCACCCAUAUCCACACAUAGACAUGGUCUAGGUGUAGCCGUGCUUGAAGGACCGAUGUACGCUGUAGGAGGACACGACGGUUGGAGCUACCUCAGCACAGUAGAAAGGUGGGAUCCUCAAGCUCGCCAAUGGAGCUUUGUUGCCAGUAUGGCCACACCCAGAAGCACAGUGGGAGUGGCAGUACUCAAUAGCAAAUUAUACGCAGUUGGAGGACGAGAUGGUUCCUCCUGUCUUCGCUCAGUGGAGUGUUUUGACCCUCACACCAACAGGUGGAACGAUUGCGCUCCAAUGGCCAAACGGCGUGGCGGUGUGGGCGUGGCCACGUGGCACGGCUUCCUCUACGCCAUCGGUGGUCACGAUGCUCCUGCCUCAUCUCUGGCAUCACGGCUAAGUGACUGUGUGGAAAGAUAUGACCCUCAGACUGAUGUGUGGACAGCAGUGGCCCCAAUGAGCAUCAGCAGGGACGCAGUGGGCGUUUGCCUCCUUGGCGACCGCCUAUACGCUGUUGGUGGCUACGAUGGCCAAGUGUAUCUCAAUACAGUGGAGGCUUAUGACCCUCAGACCAACGAGUGGACUCAGGUUGCGCCGCUGUGUCUCGGUCGAGCUGGCACAAGUGUGGUAGUGGUCAAAAUGUGA